AUGCGGGAGCCUUUCAGGGUAGGGGGCAGCAGCCCCUUUCAAGCCCUGAAUAAAACUAGCAACGAGGGGGAAAACCGGCAGGUCUGGUCGUCGGGACAUCACCUCAAGUCGUGUCGGGACGUGGCCUUCUCCCAGGAUGGGCAGAAGCUCUUCACCGUGUCCAAGGACAAGUCCAUCCACAUCUUGACGGUGGAGGAGGGACGGCUGGAAACACGAUUCCCCAAGGCCCACGGCUCGGCUCUCAACUGCGUGCUGCCCAUCGAUAACCACGUCUUUGCCACGGGCGACGACGAUGGGGGACUGAAGGUAUGGGACCUGCGCAAGGGGGACGCCAUCUUGGAGGCCCGUCAGCAGGAGGAGUACAUCAGCGCGAUGGCCGUGGACGGUAACGGGAAGAUCCUGCUGACCGCCAGCGGUGAUGGCACCUUGGGCGUCUUCAACGUGAAGAGGCGACGCUUUGACCUGGUCUCAGAGCCGCAGAACGGGGACCUGACGUCUGUCGUGCUGCUGAAGAGGGGGAAGAAAGUGGCAUGCGGCUCCAGCGAAGGCACCAUCUACCUCUUCAACUGGGACGGCUUUGGGGCCGCCAGCGACCGCUUUGCUCUGAGGGCUGAGUCUGUUGACUGCAUGGUCCCCAUCACAGACAGCAUCGUUUGCGUGGGGUCCCUGGAUGGAGUCAUCAGGGCGGUGAACGUCCUGCCCAACCGGGUGCUAGGCUGCGUCGGGCAGCACCUGGGGGAGCCCAUCGAGCAGCUGGCGGGGGGCCCGGGGCUCUUCAACCUGGUAUGUGCCCCCAUCCCCCAGCUGGCACAGCAGAUAUGGUUGAGGGUCCCACAAGCUGCCCUUGCCCCGGCUGCCAUCAUGUUCCUGGCUUGGAGGAUCAGCAGCACCAACUCCAUCAGCACCCUGGGUGAGAUGAUCUGGGCCAGUGUGGAGGAAGCGGCCCAUGCCAGCUGCACAGACCAGCACAUCAGCAACCGCUUCCUCAAGGGGAACUGGUGGCUCAGUAUUGGCAGCUCUGUGCCUGGCCUGACCUGCUGCUGCACCUCCUGCCGGGUCCUCGAGUGCCAGUGCUGCCGCUUCAUUGCCUGCCCCUUCAACACCGUCAUGGACAAGCUCAUGCUGGAGUCAUCCAGUAUCCCCAUCGGCAAGUACUGGAUUGAAAUCUAUGGCCUCAGGGGGAUGGACUAUGAGCCAAUCUACUGGGCCAUGUUAGCGCUCCCAGGCUCUGGAUGCCUUGUGGAAACCAUCAGCAAGAGGAUCAGGCGGCAUUGUCGCUUCACCACCAUCAUCCAGCUGUAUGUCCAGGCUAUGCCCGUGAAGAAUCACAGAAUGUGGGUGCUGGUGACUGGACGCAGACAGGUGGGCUUCCCAGGGAGAGGGGGUCCCUCUCUCCAGGGCACUCGCUGA